CUGACACUGUAGCUUUUGCCCUCAACAUCUUUCAUCACACUGGAAGAAUCUGAUCAGCAGAGAGUGAAGGAUGUUCAAGCUUUUUGUGCUCUUGGUUACUUUCUUCGAAGCCCAUGGUGUUCUGCUCUAUGCGAACCCCGGGCACAAUGUGACUCUACCCUGUUACUAUGACUCCAGUGCCACAAAUCUGUGUUGGUACAAGCAGGUUGCAGGGGAGAAACCUGAAAUAAUAUCCUCUUUUUACAAACCUUUAAUGAACUCCAACAUCUUCCACAACCAGUUUAAAGUCAACAAACGCAUUUCAGUGCAUACAGGACAAGGGUUCUACAAUCUCACCAUUUCUAAUGUCCAGGAUUCAGAUUCAGCCAUGUACUACUGUGGAAAAACCAGUGUUGUAGUGACUGAAUUUCAAAAAGGGACAUUUUUGGUUUUAAAAGACUCCAGUCGAAGGUCUUUUCUCCAGCAACCGGUGUCCGACUCUGUGAAGCCUGGAGGCUCUGUUACUCUGAACUGCACGUUGCACGCUGGAACCAGUGACACAAAACACAGUGUUUACUGGUUCAAAAAGGAAAAUCCAAGCAACUCCCGUUUAGGAGUUUUGUACAUCCACGCACACAGCAACAGCAGCAGGUGUGCACAGAGCCUGGAAUCCCCUACACAGACCUGCGUGCACAGUUUAUCCAAGAGGAACGUGAACACGUCGGAUGCUGGGACGUACUACUGUGCCGUGGCUUCAUGUGGAGAGAUACUGUUUGGGAACGGAACAAGACUGAAGGUGGAAGAAAAACAGGAUGACAUUUUUCCACUCUUGGUGCAGUGUGUGGUCGCAGCUCUGCUUGUCUCUGUUAUCUUGAACAUAAUUCUAAUCUGCAUCCUCUGCAAAAUGAUACGGAGAAAACAUGCUCAUUCUGAAGGGCUGCAACCCCAAUCGAGUGUCCCAGAAUUCACAGCUAAUAGUCAGAAUGAGGAGUGUGAUGCUAUGCAGUAUGUAGCGCUGGACUUCAAAAAGAAUCAAGGCAGUAGCAGGAGACAGAGGAGCACAGAGGAGAAGACCAUUUACUCUGGAGUUAGACUGUCGAACCGCAAGUGACCAAACUUUCUACACCUUCUACAACUACUGCAAUCACUUAUUAAUAUGAUUAUUAUUGUAAAAUCCACUUUUGGUAAGCUUUUAAUGCUGUAUAUGCUAAACUGUGAAUGCUCUUAAUCAAUGUUUGCCUACAACUUUUCUGUUCGUA